CGUACCCACACCUCUGCAGAACACCAUUUUUUCCUCUUCUUCUUCUCCUUCUUCUUUGGCGGUUAUGUUUUUCCGUCUUACCUUCAUCUGCCUCAUUUCCUUGCUCAAAUCAGCUUCCGGGUUCGGCUCGAUGGGCCCCAUCUCUGCUUCUUUCGGUGCCAAUGGCUUCUUCUGCGCCAUUGAUGCCAGCGGGAAGCAGCAGGUCAUUUGUUGGGGCAAAAGGACCAACCUCUCUACCCCAGGAACACCAUCUAGCUUCCCCAUCGAUCUUCCCCCCAUGGCUGCUCUAACAGGCGGCGGCGGAUUUCUCUGCGGCAUACUCGCAAACAACUCGCGGGCAUACUGCUGGGACUCCGCCGGGUCGCCUAGUUCUGAUCUUGUUCCUUCGUGCUUUCAGUCCAAUUCUUAUUCCCAUAUUGCUGCUGGGAAAAGCCAUGUUUGUGCGAUCAGGAGCCUUUAUUAUUCAGGAAGUGAAUCUGGCUCCAUCGAUUGCUGGGACAUUAUUCAAAAACCGAACAGCAGUACCCUUACCUCAAGGCAGAGUACUCUGUUUAACAAUCAGUAUAUUAGUACCCUUGUUUUGAAAGAUCUUGUCUCUGGGGAUGGAUUCAGUUGUGGCAGUGUCAGGGAAGGAGGGAUAGCCUGUUGGGGUCCGAAAUCCGAUAAUUUAGGACUUUCAGGUGUUUCAGAGAAUUUUUAUUCUUUAACUUCAGGUAUAGAUUCUCUUUGUGGAGUUUCUGAAGUGUCCAAGAGGCUGAAAUGCUGGGGUGCUAAUGAAUCUUAUGGCAUUGUUCCGGUUGGAAUCCCCUUUGUGUCGUUGGCAGCAGGAGAUCUGCACUUCUGUGGGAUCCGAGAAGACGAUCAUGGGAUUGAGUGCUGGGGGAAGUAUAACUCAUCAUUGAUCCCAAGAGGAUCUGGUUUUCUUGCAAUUGCCUCAUCUGAUUUCGUAACUUGUGGGAUAAGGGAAAGUGAUCUUGUUCUUGAUUGCUGGUUCGCGAACGUGUCAUCACAGUUUGAUUAUGAUCCUCCAUUGCAGCUGUGCAGCCCAGGCUUAUGCACUCCUGAUUCGUGCGGUGAAGGGAGGUUUUCUUUCAAUGCCAGCCUUCUCAAUGAGCCAGAUUUGACUAGCCUGUGUGUUAGGAGUGACCUUAGGAUUUGUUCCCCUUGUGGCCUCAACUGUUCUCAAGGUUUUUUUCCUUCUAGCCCCUGCACUGAAAAUGCAGAUAGAGUUUGCACCCCUUGUUCUCUCUGCCAGAACAGCUCAUGCUGGGAUGUCUGCAGCCUUCAAUCUUCUUCUUCCCCACAUGAGAUACACAACCGCCGCCUCCAUUUCCAUUAUCUAAUUCUCGCUGUUGGGUCUUCUGCCGCGGGCUUUCUGUUCGUCUUAAUCUCUUUCUGUUUAAUAUCCCGUUUAAACUCCACGAGCAAUCAAGAAGGCAAUGGGAAAUGGGGAGCUGAGCAAGAAACUGAUGCCAACACCGAUCAUCAUCUUCUCUCUCGGAUCCCAACCUGUCCGGGGACAGCCCAAGUUUUCAGGCUUUCAGAACUCAAAGAUGCCACUAAUGGGUUCAAGGAGUUCAAUGAGCUUGGAAGAGGAAGCUAUGGCUUUGUCUACAAAGCCAUUCUUCCAGAUGGGAGACAAGUGGCAGUGAAGAGAGCCAAUGCUGCUACAAUAAUACACACCAAUACCCGGGAAUUCGAAGUGGAGUUAGAGAUCCUCUGCAAUGUACGCCAUGCCAAUAUCGUCAAUCUGUUAGGUUAUUGUGUAGAGAUGGGAGAAAGGAUUCUUGUUUAUGAGUACAUGCCUCAUGGGACUCUCCAUGACCACCUCCACGGAGAUCUCUCUCCUUUGAAUUGGAGCCUUAGGCUGAAGAUUGCAAUGCAGGCAGCAAAGGGUCUUGAGUACCUUCACAAAGAAGUCACACCACCCAUUGUUCACCACGACGUGAAGAGUUCAAAUAUCCUUUUGGAUGCCGAAUGGGGUGCCCGGAUUGCAGAUUUCGGAUUGGUAACACAUAGUGAGAUGGGACAGAGUGGAGACACGAAAGCGGAUGUGUACAGCUUUGGGAUUGUGAUGCUUGAGAUUCUUAGCGGAAGGAAGGCUUAUGACAGGGAAUGUGUGCCUCCCGGCAUAGUUGAAUGGGCAUUGCCUUAUUUAAAACAAGGGAAAGCAGCCACGAUCUUUGAUCGCUAUGUAGAUCUUCCAAGAAACGUUGAACCCCUACUUAAACUCGCAGACAUAAUAGAGCUCUCUCUGAGGGAAGAUCCCAGUUCACGGCCUGAUAUGUCAUAUUUGGCACAUUCAUUGGAGCAGAUUAUAAAGGAACGAUUGGUGCCGAAUUCUUCUAAUUGAUUUUUUUGGUGCAUUCGCUUCGUUCCAGAGAAGCAAAGUAAGAAUAGAAAACACUGGUGAGUAGUGCUCUCCUGCAACUGUACAUU